AUGGAGAGUAACAUCCAUCUGAGCAGUUUGAUCAGUCGGCACGACGAUAAAGCCACAAGAACGUCCACCUCGGAGGGGCUGGAGGAGGGGGAGGUGGAGGGGGAGACUCUGCUGAUCGUCGAGUCAGAGGACCAGGCAUCUGUGGACUUGUCUCACGACCAGAGCGGAGACUCCCUAAACAGUGAUGAAGGGGACGUGUCGUGGAUGGAGGAGCAGCUGUCCUACUUCUGCGACAAGUGCCAGAAGUGGAUCCCAGCCAGUCAGCUGAGGGAACAGCUCAGUUACCUUAAGGGCGAUAAUUUUUUUAGGUUUACUUGUUCUGAUUGCUCUGAAGAUGGCAAGGAGCAGUAUGAGCGGCUGAAGCUGACAUGGCAGCAAGUGGUCAUGCUGGCAAUGUACAACUUGUCCCUGGAAGGUAGUGGGCGUCAGGGCUAUUUCCGGUGGAAAGAAGACAUCUGCGCUUUCAUUGAGAAACAUUGGACUUUUUUGCUUGGGAAUAGGAAAAAGACCUCCACCUGGUGGAGCACGGUGGCGGGCUGCCUUAGCGUGGGGAGCCCCAUGUACUUCCGCUCGGGAGCCCAGGAAUUUGGAGAACCGGGAUGGUGGAAGCUCGUCCACAACAGGCCCCCUACCCUGAAACCCGAGGGAGAGAAGCUGUCCAUCUCCACUCUGAAAGUGAAAGCAGCCUCGAAACCAACUUUAGAUCCCAUCAUUACUGUCGAGGGACUUAGAAAGCGGGUGAGUCGGAAUCCUGUGGAAUCUGCCAUGGAAUUGAAAGAGAAAAGGUCUCGCACUCAGGAAGCGAAGGACAUCCGGAGAGCCCAGAAAGAGGCGGCUGGCUUUCUUGACCGCAGCACCUCCUCGACGCCUGUGAAGUUCAUCAGCCGAGGACGUAGGCCUGAUGUGAUUCUGGAAAAAGGAGAAGUGAUCGACUUCUCGUCCCUGAGCUCCUCCGACCGCACCCCGCUGACAAGCCCAUCUCCUUCCCCGUCUCUGGAUUUCUCUGCCCCUGGGACCCCCGCCUCUCACUCAGCCACGCCCAGCCUGCUCUCAGAAGCCGAUCUGAUUCCAGACGUGAUGCCGCCACAAGCCUUGUUUCACGAUGACGAUGAGAUGGAAGGCGACGGUGUCAUCGACCCCGGGAUGGAGUACAUCCCGCCCCCUCCCGGCUCGGCCGCCUCGGGGCCGGGGGUUGGAGGCAGGAAGAAGGUCAGAGCCCCUGAGCAGAUCAAGCAGGAGGUGGAGAGCGAGGAGGAGAAGCCCGACAGGAUGGACCUCGACAGCGAGGACACAGACUCCAACACAUCCUUGCAAGCAAGGGCUCGAGAGAAGAGGAAGCCUGUGCUGGAGAAGGACCGGAAGCCCAAAGGGCCCAGCUUCACCCCCGUGAGCAUCUACGAGGAGAAGCUGCUCCUCAAGCGGCUGGAAGCCUGUCCUGGGGCCGUGGCCAUGACCCCGGAGGCCCGGCGGCUGAAGCGGAAGCUGAUUGUCCGGCAGGCGAAGAGGGACCGGGGGCUGCCGCUCUUUGACCUGGAUCAGGUUGUGAAUGCCGCGCUCCUGUUAGUGGACGGGAUUUAUGGGGCCAAAGAAGGAGUUUCCAGGCUUCCAGCUGGACAAGCCAUGUACAGGACGACCUGUCAGGACUUCAGAAUCCUUGACCGGUACCAGACUGCCUUGCCAACCAGGAAAGGAUUUCGGCACCAGACCACGAAGUUUUUGUACCGUUUGGUGGGGUCGGAAGAUAUGGCUGUGGACCAGAGCAUUGUCAGCCCUUACACUUCUCGGAUCCUAAAGCCUUACAUCAGGCGUGAUUAUGAAACAAAGCCACCCAAACUGCAGCUGCUGUCCCAGAUUCGUUCCCACCUGCACAGGAGUGACCCUCACUGGACGCCAGAGCCGGACGCACCUCUUGAUUACUGCUAUGUCCGGCCAAAUCACAUCCCGACGAUAAACUCCAUGUGUCAGGAGUUUUUCUGGCCUGGCGUUGACCUCUCCGAGUGCCUGCAGUACCCGGACUUCAGCGUCGUUGUCCUCUAUAAGAAAGUCAUCGUUGCCUUUGGCUUCAUGGUCCCCGAUGUGAAGUACAACGAAGCGUACAUCUCAUUUCUGUUUGUCCAUCCUGAGUGGAGGAGGGCAGGGAUCGCGACUUUCAUGAUUUAUCAUCUGAUUCAGACCUGCAUGGGCAAGGACGUAACCCUUCACGUCUCAGCGAGCAACCCUGCUAUGCUGCUCUACCAGAAGUUUGGAUUCAAGACUGAAGAAUAUGUUUUAGAUUUUUACGAUAAAUAUUACCCCUUGGAGAGCGCAGAGUGUAAACAUGCGUUCUUCCUGCGGCUGCGACGCUGA